UUUACACUUGCCUGGGCUGUUUGACCGUGUAGGGGGGUGCGUAUUUGUUGACAGGAGUUGUGUUGUACACAGUGACCUGGCUUCUCGAAAUAUCGGACAAUGGCUUCCGGCGGCGGAAUACAGAUACCGAGCCGUCUCCCGCUGCUGCUGACCCAUGAAGGGGUGCUCCUCCCGGGCUCCACCGUCAGGUUUAGCGUGGACUCUCCGCGGAACAUGCACCUGGUCAGCCAACGGCUGUUGAAGGGCACUUCUCUGAAAAGCACAAUCAUAGGAGUGAUUCCCAACACCAGAGACCCAGAGCACGACACCGACGACCUCCCCACCUUGCAUAAAAUUGGUACAGCGGGGAUAGCAGUGCAGGUGGUGGGCAGCAACUGGCCAAAGCCCCACUACACCCUCCUUAUUACAGGAUUGUGCCGCUUUAGUGUGUCAGGUCUGCUUAAGGAGCGACCCUUUGUCCUGGCAGAGGUGCAGCAAUUGGAUAAACUGGAGCAGUACACGACCCCAGCUACAGAGGGUGUCCCAGCGGAAGAAGGAGAGCUGGGGGAGCUGUCCCACAAGUUCUACCAAGCUGCUGUACAGUUGUUAGGUAUGUUGGACAUGUCAGUUCCAGUGGUGGCUAAGUUCAGGCGUCUGUUGGACAGUCUGCCCAGGGAAGCUCUGCCUGAUGUGUUAGCCUCCAUGAUCCGCACCUCAAACAAGGAGAAACUACAGGUCCUGGAUGCGGUGACUUUGGAGGAGCGAUUUAAGAAGGCUCUGCCCAUGUUGACCAGACAGAUCGAGGGACUAAAACUGAUAAAGAAAACCAGGAAAAUAGGUCCUGACAAUGAGAAAAGGGUGUUAUCGGUGCGUAAAGGUGGCGUCUUCCCGGGCCGGCAGUUCAACCUGGAUGAAGAAGAUGAAGAUGAGGAUGGUGAUGACACUGCAGCCUUGGAAAGGAAGGUCCACGGGGCCAAGAUGUCUGAAGCUGCACUUAGAGUUUGCCUCAAAGAGCUCAAGAGGUUGAAGAAGAUGCCUCAGUCCAUGCCUGAGUAUGCCCUGACCAGAAACUACUUGGAUCUGAUGGUAGAGUUGCCAUGGAGCAAAAGCACCAAAGACUGCCUGGACAUCCGAGCCGCUCGCACUCUAUUGGACAACGAUCACUAUGCCAUGGACAAGCUAAAGAGACGCGUGCUGGAGUACCUGGCUGUUAGACAGCUGAAGACUUCCCUGAAGGGACCCAUCCUCUGCUUUGUGGGGCCUCCAGGAGUCGGUAAGACCAGUGUGGGACGCUCCAUAGCCAGGACUCUGGGCAGAGAGUUUCACCGCAUCGCUUUGGGAGGCGUCUGUGACCAGUCUGACAUCCGCGGACACAGACGCACAUAUGUAGGAAGCAUGCCCGGCCGCAUCAUCAAUGGUUUGAAGACCGUGGCCGUCAAUAAUCCUGUGUUCCUCCUGGACGAGGUGGACAAACUGGGAAAGAGCCUGCAAGGAGACCCUGCAGCUGCACUGCUAGAGGUCCUGGACCCAGAGCAGAACCACAGCUUCACAGACCAUUACCUCAAUGUGGCCUUUGACCUCUCCCAAGUGCUCUUUAUUGCCACUGCAAACACCACAGCAACCAUUCCCCCUGCCCUGCUGGACAGGAUGGAGGUGCUGCAGGUACCAGGCUACACUCAAGAAGAGAAGGUGGAGAUAGCUCACCGUCACCUGAUCCCAAAUCAGCUGGAUCAGCAUGGAUUAACGCCUCAACAGCUGCAUAUACCACAGGACACCACACAGCAUAUAAUCAGCAGUUAUACUCGUGAGGCGGGUGUGCGCUCCCUAGAGAGGAAGUUCGGGGCCAUCUGCCGAGCCGUGGCUGUGAAAGUUGCUGAAGGCCACAGAGUCCCCAAGACAGAUGCUUCCAGCCCCGAGGACCCAACGCAGCAGGAUGUGUACAUAAACGGUACUCCCUACUCCCUGCUACCUGUCCAGGGAAUGUCUGUUAAUUCAACUUCCCUCGACAAAAUUCUUCCCUUCGGAACACCCUGCACCAACUCAGAUGUCACUUCCUCUAUGCGUUACCCUGACAAGGCGGUGCCCCCCGAGCUGCCCAUAGUGAUCGACCACGUGGCCCUGAAAGACAUCCUGGGACCUCCGCUGUUUGAAAUGGAGGUUUCUGAGAGGCUCACCCUGCCCGGCGUGGCUGUGGGUCUGGCCUGGACCCCCCUCGGUGGGGAGAUCCUGUUUGUGGAAGCCAGUCGAAUGGAGGGAGAAGGUCAGCUCACUUUAACCGGUCAGCUGGGAGACGUUAUGAAAGAAUCCGCCCAUUUGGCUAUCAGCUGGCUCAGGGCCAACGCUAAAACCUACCAGCUCACCAACAUGGUGGGAAGUCCAGACCCGCUAGAAGCAACAGACAUCCACCUCCACUUCCCUGCUGGAGCUGUCACCAAGGAUGGCCCUUCUGCAGGUGUUACCAUAGUAACCUGCCUAGCCUCGCUGUUUAGCGGCCGAUUGGUGAGAUCAGACGUUGCCAUGACAGGAGAGAUCACCUUGAGAGGGCUGGUGCUGCCGGUUGGCGGAAUCAAGGACAAGGUCCUGGCGGCCCACAGGGCAGGAGUGAAGCGCGUCAUCCUCCCUAAACGCAACGAGAAGGACCUGGAGGAGCUCCCGGCUAACGUCCGAGCCGACCUCGACUUUGUCACGGCUGCGAACCUGGACCAGGUCCUGAACGCCGCCUUUGAUGGCGGGUUUCCAGGGACAGCCAGCACGCACCCUCAGCUGAGCAGCAAACUGUAACCCACUGAUGAAAACAAACACACACAUUCAAAUGAUUACUUUCCUAUUGAAGAGAUAAUUUGAGGUAAAUUAAGCUGCAAUUUUGAGUCAAGCCCUGUAGGAGGAGUCGGUUAAACUUGGACAAAUGUUACAUUGUUGUUAUUCACAUAUUGGCUGUACAGCCAUUCACAGCCAGCUCGAUGGUGUUUUAAGCCCCCAACGUCGACUUAAAGGCACCUAACCCUUACCCUAACCAUUGCCUAAUCCAAGUGCCUUCCAGGCAGCGCUGCCUGGGAGACGACGUUGGGGCUUAGAACACCAAACACCUCACAGCCAAGACUCUAUCCAGGUCACGUCACCACUGCGUGUAAUCGCGUUGGUGCCUUUAAGGGUUCAGCCUUAGUUUUUCUAGACUGACUGGCUGCUGUUUUUUCUGCUAUUUGCAUUAUAUUAACAGCACUGCUGUAGCCAAGUCGGCUGGAUGUGAGCUUAUUAAAGCCUCAACACAUUGGUGAGCAACUACAGCACCCUGUUGAUUUAGCUUGAUUGUUAAAGUAAAGGUAAAUUUGCUGAUAUGUUUUUCUUUUUGUAAGUGACUGAGGCUGGUGAGAUGUGAUCAGAUGGUCUGAUGUGUGGUGCAGCCUGAUUCCAGCUAUUUCGGUUUUACCAGUUCUUGUAAACGCACAUGUUGAAAUUUCUUAGCUGUGCAAAUGUUACAACAACUGUUAACAAAAGACUACAUUUAGUUUGAUGUGUUUGGUGUGGAAACAAUUUCCCUGGACAAAUAUUCUUAUUCCAAAAUGCCGUUUAUCUGGCAGAAGUGAUCAGACCUAUUUAAUAUCUGGAGUCCUGUGCACCUGUGGGCAUUGUAUGAGCUGACAUUGUAUGGAGAAAGAUUAAGGGUUGGAUAAUUCCAGGAAUAUUCAAGGUAGAAACUUUCCAUGGGAAGUAACGGGUAUAAAAUGAAAAUAUUGGGGUUAUCUGCUCAGGCUGUAUUUACCAUGUCAUAUGUAGAAAGAAACCAAUCUUGACAAAGAGACAAAAUCCAUUAAUUUGCCAUUGAUUUGUCAAUUGCAUACAAUAUUAGUGAGUUAGCUAACAAGUUAACUAAUGGGGAAGGGUAGUUUUGAAAAUUCAAGUGGACGAUGUGGUCUGCGUGCAAACUCAGGGGCCGUUUUCACCUGGUAUUAAAAUCCGAUCUGAGUGAUCAGAUGACAAGUGGACACCUCUAAGUACAGGUGUGAAUGCACCCAGGAUGCAUUGAGACAUGAUCACUAAAACCACAUUCAGAGGUGGUCUGAGCCGCAAGUGUCCACAUUGUUAUAGCAGUGAGACCGGGAGUGUGUCCUGAGCCACACUGAAGACUACUCAACUGUGAGCGGAACUACCUACUCAUUCAAAGUAUUUCUUAUGCCACAGAAACCACUGAAUGAGCCGAGUGUUUUGAAUGUUAUUAACAUGCUGUCGGUAAUGUGUUUUUGUUCCUGUGCUGCCUGCUCUUAUAUCCCCGGCUGUCUGGAGCUCUGUGCGGAGCUGUUUAUUAGAAAAGGCAGCCGCCGGUAUACAAUAAUGUUAUUUUUAGUUUCACAAAACGUCCCCGAAUUCACGUGUGUGUAAGAUGUUACUUUACAGCCUGAGUCGUCAAAGGAGCGGAUGUAAAACUAUUUUGCACAAUAAAAGUCCCUGAUUAUUUUGUUAUUUAAA